GUCUCAACUUAGUUUGAAACAAUAUUAAUUCAAGAAUAUAUAAUUUACAUUAAAAAAAUUAAUUAAAUUUUCAAACAUAAAAGAUGGCAUUAAAAAUCGCUAUGUUUAUCAUUGCCGUGUACACUCACGUAUUAAUGGCAAUCCCAUUGGAGUCAGAGUCCCCAGUGAAAGCUCUUGAUGACCGCAUCGUAGGAGGAGUAGACGCCGAGCACGGGACAGUUCCCCACAUGGUGGCCCUGGUCUUCGGGUCUACGGUCAUCAGCCUGACCUGCGGGGGGUCUAUCGUCAGCCGGCGUCACAUUCUGACCGCCGCACAUUGUUUAGUACCGUUUGUGACGUGGCAAGGAGAACUGUUAGAUACCCUCGCUGCCGUCGUGGGCACCAACAAAUGGAACUCCCGAAGCAACCUGGUUCGAUUCUCGAAGCACAUCAACCACCCCCACUACGACAGCACGUUCAUCAAGAACGACGUGGGAGUUCUGAUCCUGAGGGAAGAUCUGCAGAUCACUAGCGCUGUGAACAUUAUUCCUCUAAAUUUUGAGUGGGUGGAUGGAGGAGUCGACAGUUAUGCUACGGGAUGGGGAACCAUCUGGUUAUGGGGACCAAUACCAGACCGCCUACAAACUCUGAAUGUGAGGACCAUUUCUGCCCAACAAUGCAUUGAUGAAGUCAACGAUGCUUCUCAUGAAAUGGGCUGGUCGCCUCCGGUUCACCCAACGGUGGAAAUCUGCACCUUCCACUCUGCCAAUCACGGCAUGUGUCAUGGUGACUCUGGCAGCGCUCUGGUAGACAAGCAGAGCGGCCAUCAGAUCGGCAUCGUGUCCUGGGGGUUCCCGUGCGCGCGCGGCGCUCCCGACGUGUUCGUGCGCAUCAGCGGCAUCAAGCACUUCCUACUACCAAUCCUACAAGGACAUAUUUAACAAUCUAGUCUCAAAUUAUAUAAAUGUUCGUUAUUCACUUGUUAUAGUGUUAAAAAAGGUUGUGAUAUCAACGGCACUGUGAAAAUAUAUCAAAUAU